GUGUGUUAGUUUAGUAUGGAAAUAGCCAGUGUAAUGGAUAACAUGAUGAAAACCAGCAUGGGACUUCACGACGAUCGGUCCAGUCGAAACAGCAACAGCAGCAGUUCGGGUUCACCCACAGUAGUGCAUGAGAAAAAGAAAAUGCUGGACAUAACGCGGGAUAGGCCCAUCAAAAUUGCUGUUCGAGUACAAGUUCCUGUGCGAGAUCAUCCUAAGUUUAACUUUGUCGGUAAACUACUUGGACCAAAAGGAAACUCGCUCAAACGGCUGCAGGAAGAAACGAUGUGCAAAAUGGCUGUGCUGGGUAAGGGAUCGAUGCGCGAUCGAAAGAAGGAAGAGGAACUCCGACUCAGCGGUGACCCACGGUACGCUCAUCUGUCCGAGGACCUUCACGUGGAAAUCUCAACCUACACAGCACCGGCGGAAGCGCACGCUCGUAUCGCGUAUGCCCUGGCAGAAGUUCGCCGGUUUCUGGUUCCGGACUAUCAUGAUGAUAUUCGACAGGAGCAAAUGUGGGAAAUGCAGGCAUUAAAUUCACAAAACGCGACCAGUAAUCUAUCCUCAGCCCACGAUAACACGCUCAACGGUGGCUGUGGCAACGGUCUCCCUACCAAUGGCAUGAGCAUCAGCAGCAGCGGAAGCAGUUGUAGCACCGGAAGCACCGGAAGCACCACCAACGGAACCAUGUCGGCGAACGGUUCGCACACCAACGGACUGAACGGUGUGGUGGUCAGUGCUGCCCAGGUCAUAGCCAACGGUGUUACCGGGCUUGGGAAUGCCGGAAGUAAUGUCUCAGCAUCCGUUGGCGUCGGAUCGGAACUCGGCAGCAACAACGGUAGCACGCAACCAUCGUCCGUUGUGACGGAUCUGCAACAUGUGACGAACUCGCUCACGCAUCAUCAACACCACCAUAAUCAGCAACAGCAGCAAUCACAACAGCAGCAACUGCAGCAGCACCAUCAGCAUCAACAAUCGCAAAACCAAUUCCUGACGAACGAUGCGGAUAUGAGCAGCCUCUUGCAACCGAUGGAUGUGAACAUGACUUCGGCGAAUCAUUUUGUGAAUUCCUUACCUACGAGUGACCUGGAAGCGCAAACGUUGGCGUUCGUCGAAUCGGCCAAUGCAUUCCUGCAUCCGGCGUUGCGCGGUGUGAAAGCCGUUAGCUUAGCACGUAAGCGGCCCCUGCUAGGAGGACCUCGAUCGACCAUGAAUCCCACCAAGCGUACGGUGAUGACGCUGAUUGCACGUGCACGCACGGCCCAAGCUUUGCACGGUUCCCGAACGGCUCAACCGAUUGGCGAACCGAUACAGGUGAUCACUUCGCCGCUCAUUCUGCAACCACCGCUGGACUUACUGCAGCCAGGCGCGAACACUGGCGUUGCCAAAGAAAACAUUCUGCAGGGCGCUUAAAAGCCAAC